UGUUUUGUGAUGGAAUUUAGAAAAAAAUAUUUUGGCGAGGACUGUUUAACAAAUAACACACAACUAAAACUGAAGUAUCUGACUCACAACUGGACACAAACACAUGCUUAACCAAUAACAGCAAUUCCUCGUUUGUUGGCUGCUUCUCUCACUCACUUUUUCUUUUGAACCAAACAAAUCUCUCACAACCCGAAUAAGAAAGAAAGAAAAGAGAUGGUGAAGAAGAAAACAGAGCUUAUCUUCAUUCCAGUUCCAUCCACAGGUCACCUUCUCGUCCACAUUGAAUUCGCCAAGCGUCUGAUCAAUCUCGACCAUAGGAUCGACACCAUCACCAUCCUCAACUUAUCUUCACCAUCUACUCCUCACGCCUCCGUCUUCGCCAGAUCUCUCAUCGCUUCACAACCCAAAAUCCGCCUCCACGAUCUUCCCCUCCCCCAAGAUCCUCCUCCAUUUGAUCUCUACCAAAGAGCUCCCGAAGCUUACAUUGUAAAUCUCAUCAAGAAAACAACUCCUCUCAUAAAAGACGCCGUCUCUAGCAUCAUCCGUCAAGGCUCAGAUUCGGUUCGUGUCGCCGGUUUAAUCCUCGAUUUAUUCUGCAACUCGUUGAUUGAUGACGUUGGCAACGAGCUUAAUCUCCCUUCUUACAUAUACCUAACUUGUAACGCAAGAUACCUGGGGAUGAUGAAGUAUCUUCCAGAUCGACAUCUGAAAAUCGCAUCUGAGUUCGAUUUGAGGUCCGGCGAUGAGAAACUGACGGUUCCCGGAUUCGUUAACGCUGUUCCCGCGAAAUUCAUGCCGUCUGGUUUGUUCAAUCGAGAAGCUUACGAGGCUUACGUCGACCUAGCGCCGAGGUUCGCCGAUGCGAAGGGUAUUUUGGUCAAUUCCUUCACUGAGCUUGAGCCUCACCCGUUUGAGUAUUUCUCUCAUCUGGAGAAGUUCCCUCCGGUUUACCCGGUCGGACCGAUUCUAAGCUUGAAGGAUCGAGCGAGUCCGAACGAGGAAGCGGCGGAUCGGGAUCGGAUAGUGAGAUGGCUCGAUGAUCAGCCAGAGUCAUCGGUGGUGUUCCUAUGCUUUGGGAGCAAGGGAAGCGUUGAUGAGCCUCAGGUGAAGGAGAUAGCUCGAGCGCUCGAACUCGUCGGCUGCAGAUUUCUAUGGUCUAUUCGAACAAGCGGCGCCGUGGAGAGUGGGGAUCCUAACGAUGUGUUGCCGGAGGGGUUCAUGGGCCGAGUAGCGGGCCAGGGUUUGGUAUGUGGUUGGGCCCCUCAAGUGGAAGUGUUGGCCCAUAAAGCAAUAGGUGGAUUCGUGUCUCACUGUGGUUGGAACUCCACGCUUGAGAGCUUGUGGUUCGGCGUUCCUGUCGCCACGUGGCCAAUGUACGCUGAGCAACAGCUUAACGCGUUCGCGUUGGUGAAGGAGCUUGGGCUAGCGGUGGAUUUACGGAUGGAUUACGUGUCGGGUCGUGGGGAUUUGGUUACUUGUGAUGAGAUUGCGAGAGCCAUUCGAUCUUUGAUGGACGGUGGGGAUGAGAAGAGGAAGAAGGUGAAGGAGAUGGCUGAUGCGGCGAGGAAGGCGUUGAUGGACGGAGGAUCGUCGUCUUUGGCGACUGCUCGAUUCAUUGGAGAAUUGUUGGACGAGAAUUGCUAAUGGCCUAAUGCAAGGAUGGUGAAUAACACACGCUCUGUUAUUUUUAUCUCUAAUGCAAGGAUGGCCUAAUGCAAGGAUGGCCUAAUUCAUUGGAGAAUUGUUGGACGAGAACAUGAAUCAACUGUAUUAUUUAAUACGUUUAUUUUCAACUUUUUAAAAUGUAAAAUAAAAUUGGAAAAAAAACUAUAUGACAACCUUUUAUGGUUCUUUAAUUA